AUUUCGGAGGCGUUUGAAAAUGAACUUCAGUCUAUUCAUAAAUCAGCAAUACUUCAACGUGUAUUUGAUGGAACAGGAUUAUUGUUUUGGAUGCCACUUAAGAGUGGACCUCCUGUUAACCCUGCCAGUUACCUCAUGCCUCCGCUUCAUUUAGUCCCGGAAAGUGAUUUGCAACCUGCACGGCCUGAGAUCAAGCUAUCGCGUGAACUAAUUGCUCCGGUUAAGGUCAGAAGGAGAGAAAUAGAAGUUGAAGCAGUAAUUGAGAGUGAAGCUGAACUGGCACCAGCCCCUGUAAAUAACGAUAAAUCUGAUAAUCCUCCAAGUAAUCAACCACUCGAUCGGGAAAUGGAACCAAGUAUUGAUGGUUUUAAUGAAGGAAAUGUCAAAAAUGACAUUUUAACUUUGAACAUUGGCCAACGAAUAAAGAUGGCACGAGGUGCACGCAUGGAUACUAAUCAGCAAUUUUCAGAUACCGAGCUAGAAACGUCUUUUCCGGUCACUGUAUUCAAACCUCUGGAUAUAAACACAUCAAGUGGUAUUCAUUACCGAGCAGGAAAAAAUUACGAGUGCUAG